GACAGUUCGAGUUUCCUCCUAAUACUGUCCUAGUGAGUGCUGUGUAUGCAGUAUCACUCUCAAAGCCUCUCCUCAAACGACUCAAGUUAGAGAUACAGCACUGCAUUGAUUUAACAGGACGACCAGAUCUUGCACAAUACUUAAAGUUUGCUAUAGCUCCCAUGAGCACACCCAGUCUUCCUUACCUGUUCAAGUUUGUAGAAGGAGGAGAGUUUAGCUCUAAUGGUGGGUAUGGAUUCAUUGAACGGAAAGAUUUUUGUCUUGUAUCUAUUUGUGGCUGUGAUGGAGGAGGAGGAGGAGGUAGUACCAAUUCUUCAUCAGGAGUUUCACCUAAUUUAGCUGAUCCUUUAUCAGAACCUGGGCCCAGUAUGAGGACAAGGAACUCAUUAUCAUCUAGCUCUGGGGGUAAUGAUGCUUCGCCUCAGGAUCCAGUGUCUCAACAGCAAGCAGAAUCAGCUAGUACUGGAAGUAUACCUAAAGAAAUAUUAAAAGCUACAACAUAUGCUGGACUGGUUUAUUAUGAAGAGAAAGGUGUAGAGGAUCAGGUGAUAUUCACUGCAGCUAAAAAUUUGGAUGCUCUUCUUGAGUUUAUUAAGAAAGAACAUUCACUAGCUGAAAAAGGACCUCAUAAAUACUUUCGCAUUGCAUCUCCUAGUGGUUACAUUGAAUUAAAGUUUGGUACUCGACAGAAGAAGUCUUUUAAAGGAUGGACUAUUGAACCUCACAUAGAACCUUGCAGAUUGCAUCAAAGAGACAUACACAAGUUUGGUGACAAAGAUUAUUCUCUUCCUCCAUCUUGUCUCAUAUCAAUCUAUUCAUCACCUGAUGCUGUUCCUACAUUACACUACUCUGUACCAGUAGAGGGUGUGGCUGAUCUUCUAACAUUAUAUAUUCACAGAUCACGAAGAACAGCUUAUCCUAAUGCAGGUACAAUGUCAAAUUAAUUAUAUUAGAAAGAAUGUAAAACACUGAGGGGCUCCACCUUCUUGCCACACCUCCUAGUCACGCCUCCAAACAUACGCCUACAUGCAUACAAAAUUUCUCAUAAG